CAAAUCAACAUCUGACUUUGCAACAGGAGAAGACAAGAAAAUUAAUGAAUUGGAGUCUCAGUAUCAAUAAAGGAUGAAUAGUGAAUUAUCAGAACGAUACAGGUGACACUGUGGACUUGGCUUCAGUGUAGAAGAUCAAGAUGGAGAAGGAGAUGGGGCUGGAGAUGAUGAUGAUGAUGAAGAUAAUUUACUUGAAGGGAAAGGUCCAGAUGACUCUGAAAGUAACUCAGAGUCAGUAAAAGAGGAACCUGUAGAAGAAUUUCAAACUACUGAGUCCUCUGGCAAAGUAGAAGGUUUCCAAAAUAAAAACGAUGCAAAAAGCAAUUAUAAAAUGGUGUUUGUUCAAUCCAGUGGAUCAUAA